UCCUCUUUCUGUCGUCCCAAGUACGCUUUCCAACCUCCAGUCACCGCAAUGUUCCCGCGCCGCCGCAGACCCCUUCUCGGGGCCGCCGUACUGGUCGGUGCGUCCAAGUCAGCUGCCAGGCAUGAAGUACAGAAGCAGACAGUUAUGGACGCCCAGCGUGAGGUCGAGAUACAGCGUGAGGUGGAGGCGCGGAGGCGCCAAGAGGUAGAACAGGAACGACGAACACAGCGCGCCGUCGACGAAGCGAUGAAGAAGGCAGCCACAGACAACCAAAAUCUUCAACAGAGCGCCCCUGCGAUGGUGCCACCACCUGCGCAGCAGGUUUACAAUACCCAACCAGCGAUGCCAAUUCAAACACAGGACAGGGGGCACUUGAUGACGACGCCCGGACAACCCUACAUACCAGUUACGAACGCUGCGCCCAACCGUCAGCCGGAGCAGCUCAUGCGAGCCCCUUCUCCGCAGGUGCCGGCAUACUUGUCAGGGUCUCUGUCACAGGAUGGGAGGCCAAAGAGUGCACAAGGCAUCAGUUCCACAGCGCCGGCUCUAGAUUCAAACGCUCGGUAUUGUACCCAAUGCGGCUUUGCUUGCAAACUCAGUGACAGAUUCUGUCGUCAAUGCGGUGCAAAGCAAGUUUAG